AUGUCGUUUGGGUUUUCAAUCGGGGACAUUAUACUCCUCAGUCAACUAGCGUAUGGUCUCUACUCAAGCAUCAGUUCUGGAAGGAAGGCAGCCUCGCGCGAUCUCAAAGAACUUGAGGACGUACUUUUCAGCCUAAAAUGUGCCUUGGACCAUCUGGGAGAAGCUUCCAAGGAUCUGCUUGCACGACCAGAUCGGCAUGGAGGAGCAAAUUUCAAAGAGAAACUAGAUGCGAUGAUGAAUGCCUGCGCGUCUACUCUAAAAGAACUAGAAGCCAUGACUGAGAAGUACCGUUCGGUUGAGAGCACAGCUGUAGAGAAUGCAGCGGCCAACAAAGGCAAAGCGAAGCUGCGCACAUUAGACGACAUGAAGAAAAGCAUCCAAGUCAACUGGUAUAGGGUGCGGUGGGACCGUGAAAAACUGUCGCUGCAACAAUAUCGCGAGAAGCUGAAGUCGCAUACUGAUGCGAUAAAUCUCAUACUGACUUCUAUGAUCUGGGCAAACUCUACCCUCGCAGACGACAAAAGCACACAGAGCCAUGAGAAGACCCAUGGGUUGUUAGAGCAAGUGCUGAAAAAGUCAGAAGCUGAUGAUUCAGUCCGAAGCAUAGUUGAGGACAUCCGCAAUAUGCUCACACAGGUCGAUCUGGGUGCGAGAAAGGUCCCUGAAACUCAACCGGCCCCCGUGGUACUAUCAAGUAACUCGGCAUUUAUCGCUGCAUAUGCACAUAGUCCAUCACCGAUUAUAAAAGGCAAUGUCUUUGCCACGAGUUAUGCACAACGUUCUGCUUCAGUCAACAUAAAUCUGAACCCAGCACUGCCAAUCAGACCACCUCGCGGGCAUAUGAAAAGAGUGUUGUUCUCAUCUGGAGCUGCGGAGACGCCAUUCCAUGAUCACCAACAUGCACCGGAGAUUCAAAACGAGCUAUCAAGCGCUGUAGGUCAGACAAACUUGCCUUCAGAGACUAUUGAUCUCAACGCUAGGCGCCAUGCUUUUGGUGAAGAGGAGUAUGAGGCCUUCAGGCAGCGCCACCCCAUAGAGGAAAAAGUUAAAAAGCCAUCUUUCUUGACGCCCGCGACUCCGACUAUCCAAGAUCUCUAUGAUGGCACAAUAUACCUCUUCUCAUCCCUGCCAGAGGGCAAGCAACAGACAGACGAGCUAAAGUUUGCAACUCAACGCUGGACACAGGGACUAUCCCUUCUAAUCAAGAAUACCACAUCUGAUGCAGAGUCUGAUGAUGGAUUUCUCCAUUUGCUACAGAUGCUAAACAGAACUGUAGAGGGCAGUGCCAAAUCAGUGCGAAAGCUCUUCUACGAGGUCUCAGGCUCUGCGGGUUUGCUGGGUGCUCUGGAUCAGAUAUUAGCGACCUCGAAAAGUGUCAGAGUGAUGAAGGAGAUUGAGGAUUUUCAGGAUGCUAAAGAAGAGUGGGAAGACGAUAAUGGUGGUAAUUGA